UGUAGUGUCAAGGAGAUUUUCCUUCAGUUCCUGUCCCAGAAACACUGAGGGAAGAGGAGAUGUCUUUAAAGCAAGGGAAUAUCUCCUUUUAGACCGUUGCUAUAGAACAGGUUUCCCCAUUGGAAGAUUUUUCCCCAUCGCCUGUUUCUGUGACAAAUGAAAACAUUUUGUUUUCACAGUCAGCUGCAGGGGCGGACUGACAACUCAUGGGGCCCCCAGGCAAUAGGGGAUCAUGGGGCCCCUGUGUCCUUUACCAAACUCAAAAAAGCCUAUGAAAAAGGUACCAGGGGCAUCUCAUGGGGCCCCCUACUGACCCUGGGCCCUCGGGCUGUGCCUGAGUUUCCAAAUGGUCAGUCCGCCCCUGGU